CACCAGGAGGCACUCUCAGUUUCGUUUGAACUCUCGUCCCGUUUCGAAGCAAGUUAAGUCGCAGCAGAGGCAGGUAGCCUGACUUGACUUGGUUCCUCGGUGGUACUGAAUCGCAAAAACAACAACCACCACCGCCUAGUAUUUUAUCUCCUGCGACUGUACGUAGUACACCCUUGACGACUGGAGGCUCUCCCGUGCUUCUUCGAUCUUAUAGAGUUCUACUAAGCAGCGUAGAAUGUAUCGAGUUAUCAGCAGGCAGUAUCACAGCACCAAGGGUGUGUUCGGAUUUAUUCCGAAACCAUCGAAGGAAUUCCAGCUGGACAAACGCAUCAUCGAUGCUCGAGCGCAAAACAGCAAAGCCUAUCGCUGGGUGGAAUCUUACAGAAAUCAUGCCCAUCGGGUAGCCUCGAUCAACCCCGUUCCCUUCCAGGAGCCGGCGAAGACCGAAAGCCAUCUACUCGAAUACUCACGCUAUGGACUAUCCCGAUACGAUAGCGUUGACCUGCUCGGUGUCGUUAACUCCGAUACAACCUCCGCCUUGACCGUUGAACAGCUGGAACAACUCCUUCAACAAAUCUACUGCGGAACUAGCAGUAUUGAGCUGGCAUACAUCGAGAACGAACACGAGAGGGAAUGGCUGACGGAGAACUACGAACAACUGUUUCACUCUACCUUAGCUACUUCAGACAAGAAGGAAAUCGCCGAACUACUUCUAAAAUCUCAAGCCUUCGACAACUUCCUCGCAACCAAGUUCCCCACCGUCAAGCGAUACGGAGGCGAAGGAGCGGAAAGUAUUAUGGCCUUCUACCGGCAAUUGUUCCUGUGCGCCGCGGAAGCUGACCUGAGUAACAUCGUCGUUGGAAUGCCACACCGUGGAAAGCUCAACGUGCUGACGACGCUGUUUCAGACCAGGCCAGUGAAGAUAUUCCGGAAGUUCAAAGGACUGCCAGAAUUUCCAGCGGACGCGAAGGCCAUGUGCGAUAUCGCCAAUCAUUUCAACACCUCAACGGACAUAAACAUCAACGGUAAAACCAUUCAUCUCAACAUGCUGAACAACCCAUCCCACCUAGAAGCAGUGAACCCCGUUUCCAUGGGUAAGACUCGUGCUAAGCAGCUAUCCCUGCAGGACGGACCUUAUCAGCUGAACCCAUCGAAUUCCUCAAAGGUCGUCAACAUCCAGCUACAUGGUGACGCCGCUUUCGUCGGUCAGGGCAUCAACCAGGAAUGCCUGAUGAUGGCCGACGUGCCUCAUUUCGACGUUGGAGGCUCCAUCCACAUGAUCGUCAACAAUCAGGUUGGAUUCACAACCCCCGGUGAGCGAGGUCGAGGCACUCGUUAUGCCUCUGACCUGGCCAAGAGCAUCAUGGCUCCGGUGUUCCACGUCAACGGCGAUGACCCCGAAGCGCUGACAAAGAUCACCAAACUGGCCUUUGCCUAUCAGCAGAAAUUCGGCAAAGACGUCUUCAUCGAUCUGAACUGUUUCCGACGCUGGGGUCACAACGAGCUGGACGAUCCCACCUUCACCAGCCCACUGCUCUACAACGUGAUCCACAACCGAAGCUCGGUCCCUGAUCUGUACGCUAAGAAGCUCCUGGAAUCCGGGGACCUCACUCAAAGCGACAUCGAUACCGUUGUCAAAAGCCACCACGAAUUCCUCAAUUCUGAGCUCCAAAGCGUUAACAGCUAUCAACCUGAGAAGAGUUAUUUUGAACGCCAGUGGAGCGGCAUCCAACAGGCAGGAAACGAGAUCACCACUUGGGACACUGGAGUAGACUACAGCCUAUUGAACCUGAUCGCGCAGACCAGUGUCAGGUGUCCGGAGGAUUUCGCACUUCAUCCUCAUCUGCGAAAGCACCACGUGGAAGCCAGAUUACGAAAGAUCGCCGAAGGCAAUCGUAUUGAUUGGGCCACCGCGGAAGCCAUGGCCAUCGGUAGUCUCAUGUAUCAAGGCUACCAGGUGCGAAUCAGCGGAGAAGAUAUUGGCCGAGGCACCUUCUCGCAGCGACAUGCGAUGUUCAUUGAUCAGAACACCAACGAAAUCUAUAUUCCGUUAAAUGAUCUAGAAGGUGGAGCCGGUGGCAAACUGGAGCUAGCGAAUAGUAUCCUGUCGGAAGAGGCGGUCCUUGGAUUUGAAUAUGGCAUGGCUAUCGACAAUCCAAACAACCUGGUCAUCUGGGAGGCUCAAUUCGGAGACUUUUUCAACGGGGCGCAGAUCAUAAUCGACACGUUCCUGACCACCGGUGAAACUAAAUGGAUGGUAUGCAACGGUUUGGUAAUGUUGCUCCCACACGGUUUCGAUGGAGCCGCUUCCGAGCAUAGCUCGUGCAGAAUCGAACGAUUCCUCCAGAUGACCGACUCGAAGGAGUCCACCCCGGACGGCGACGACGUUAACUUCGAGGUGAUCAACCCGUCCACACCGGCUCAGUAUUUCCACGCCUUGCGUCGGCAACAGAUUCGCAACUACCGGAAACCGUUGGUCGUGGUGGCACCGAAAACCCUGCUCCGUCUGUCGGAAUGCGUUUCAACGCAUGCAGAACUCGCUCCCGGAACGUUCUUCCAAACGGUAAUCGGGGACGCCACGGUUAGCGAUCCGAAGAAGAUCAAACGGGUUAUUCUGUGCAGUGGUAAGCACUACUACAAUCUGAACAAUGAGCGAUUGGCGAGCAAGAACGGCGAAGUUGCCAUCGUGCGUCUAGAGUCGCUGUGUCCCUUCCCAACGCAGCGCAUUCAGGAGGAACUGGCCAAGUAUAGCAACUUGAGGGAAGUCGUGUGGAGUCAAGAGGAACAUCGCAAUAUGGGUGCAUGGAGUUUCGUGCAACCUCGGUUUGAGAACAUGUGCGGAAAGAGGAUUGCGUACCGAGGACGUUACGAAGGAUCAACCAUUGCUGUAGGAGUCAGCUCAUGGCAUGCCAAGGAAGCGGAAGAGGUGAUCAAAUCUGCAUUUCAGUGAACAACUAUAAACGGAGAUUUGUAAAUAAAUGUAAACUGAGUGCUAAAAUUUUG